UCGUUACUGGUCGCGAUCUUUCUUUCCCACGCUCCAAGAAAGAAAACCAGAGGCGCCCCCCUUCCGCCGCCGUUCCGAACCGUUUGUUUCCCACCGUCCAAGCAAGACCACCGAGCAAACGCCAAUUCGUUCGCCGUCCACCGCCCGAAGCUGUUCCUCUCUCCAGUCUCCACCGCCGUCGCUCGUCAGGCUCCUCAAGUGUUAAGAUGGAUUCAAGCAAUGUUCAAUCCGAAGGUUCAGCCCCAUCUGUUCCAAAAAACCCGGCCAUGGCUUCAUGCAGGAAGAAGAAAACCGAUGAUGCUACGUUCCUUGAAGAUCUGAAAGACCACAUCGAUGAGUUUGUUCAUGCCUCCAUGGAUGAGCACAAGACCUGCUUUAAGAAGACAAUUCAGAAGAUGUUUGGGAUGUCAAAGGCUGUUGCAGAGCGAUCAGCAGCGGGGGCAAAGGAAGCUGAAGUUGAAAGUGCUCUGCCUCUUCAGACCAGUGUCUCGCAGUAGAAUGUAAUGGUGAUAAUCUGUUGCUCUGUGUUACCUGAAAAGCUGAAGUUCUGGCUGUAGUAUGUUUCUGUUACUGGAUUCUAGUGUUUCAUUCUCCAAAGCUUUAUGAAUACUAGUAUGUCAUAAAAUAGAUUUUAAAAGAUAGGAGUGCAAGUUUGGGAUUGAAAUAUCGCCGUGCUUAUUACUGGUUUCUGAUGUUGUAAUAAUCAAGUUAAUUCAGGAUCAAUUCAGUUACUGAAUUUGUGGUUUG